CGGCCAGGGCUGCCGGCCGGGUCGCGGGAGCUGAUGGCCGGAGCGCGGGCAGAGCCGGCCGCCGCAGGGGACGGAGGUGCAGCGAGGGCCGCCCGGCCCUGUGGAGAUACAGUGAACUAAACCAAGCUCGUGCGAAGCGGGGAGAGGACAUGAAGUGCGUUCUUAAAGCGUGUUGUGUAUUAAACAAGUAGAAUUUUUAUUUCCGUUCCAAAAGAUGAGUCGUGGAUAUUCAGAAAACAACAAUUUCCUGAACAAUAACAGCCAAAUGGUGUUGGACAUGCUCCUUUUUCCAUUAAUCGGAAUCCAUCAGACCAUCAACUGGGAAACUGUGGCAAGGCUCGUUCCUGGAUUAACACCCAAAGAGUGUGCAAAAAGGUUUGAGGAACUGAAGAGCAGUGGAAGCUCACCUGUUGACAACCGGUAUAGUCCCCUAAUGGCUGGAGAGAGUCCUGUUGAAACUUUAGCCACGUAUAUCAAAUCCUCACUUCUUGACACACACGGAGAAUUUCAGGAGGCUUCUAUUCAUCAGGAUGCAGUUUCCAAAACAGGAAGACAUAGUAUAGCUUCCACAAGGAAUUGUUCUUCAGAAAGUGAAAGUUGUACUACUCGUAUCGGUGGAGAAAAGACUGAAGAAUCUGAAGGGCCAAAUAUGGUGAUCCAUGUAUGUGAUGAAGCAAAAAAUUUGAAAGAAGAUUUUAUUUGCCCACGAGACCUUUUGAUAUCAGAAAUGAAGUACUUUGCUGAAUAUUUAUCUAUGGAUGCCCAGCGCUGGGAAGAGGUGGACAUUUCAGUUCACUGUGACGUUCAAAUUUUCAACUGGUUGAUAAAAUAUGUUAAAAGGAACACUAAGGAGAAUAAAGAUUGUGAGAUGCCCAUUUUAGAGCCAGGAAAUGUCAUUUCAAUUCUUAUUUCUUCAGAGUUCUUGAAAAUGGAUUCAUUGGUUGAACAAUGUAUUGAGUAUUGCCACAAAAAUAUGAAUGCCAUAGUAGCUACGCCAUGCAACAUGAACUGUAUUAAUGCAAAUCUUAUUACACGUAUAGCUGAUCUGUUCACACACAAUGAGGUUGAUGACUUAAAAGACAAGAAAGAUAAGUUUAGAAGUAAACUGUUUUGUAAGAAGAUUGAGAGACUAUUUGAUCCUGAGUACUUGAACCCAGAUUCUCGGAAUACUGCAGCGACACUGUACAGAUGCUGUUUGUGUAAGAAACUUUUGACAAAAGAAACAGAAAGAAGAAUUUCUUGCAUUCCUGGAAAAAUCAAUGUGGAUCGACAUGGAAAUAUUGUGUAUAUUCACAUAAGAGAUAAGACGUGGGAUGUUCAUGAGUAUUUGAAUAGUCUUUUUGAAGAAUUAAAAUCUUGGAGAGAUGUAUAUUGGCGCUUGUGGGGAACAGUCAACUGGCUAACUUGUUCAAGGUGUUUUCAGAUUUUCCUUUGCACAGAAUUUUCACAUUGUCAAUAUCACUCAGAAGCAGUGGUUUAUCCUCCUGCAGCCAGUUCACUUAGUACUGUGGGCACUGGAAUUUAUCCCUGCUGUAACCAGAAGGUCCUUCGGUUUGAUCCUACCCAGCUUACAAAGGGUUGUAAAGUGAGGGACCACAUAGUUGGUUUUCAUGAUCAAGGUCAAGGUGGAGAUUCACUGUCCUAUCCAACUGCUAGAAUACUGGAGGAUCUGCACAAACACAAAGAUGUCAUUGUUGUGCCUUUUUCUAAAGAUACAGUUAGUGAUUCUUGGGUUGGUCCCUGUGAUGAGAAGGGUCUGGACUGUGAUGUUUUACUGGAGCCAAAUACACCAUGGGGCCCCAAAAGUGGGGAGCUCAACGCUUUUUUAUCACUGAAAAACUGGACUCUGCAACUGAAACAACAGUCAUUAUUUUCAGAAGAGGAAGAAUAUACCACUGGAUCUGAGGUCACAGAAGAUGAAGUUGGAGAUGAAGAAGAAGUAUCCAAGAAACAAAGGAAAAAGGAGAAGCCAAAGAAGUUCACUAAACAACCAAAAAAGCAGAUGUCUUCACCCUGUGGUCAGAAGAAAGAAAAGGUAUUGGAGAAGUCAACUGCUAGAGAUGUGUCUCCUUUCCUUGUGAGUAUGCAGAAGAAUAAGUGGGAUGUCACAAGAUCCUUGAGAUUCAACCAGGAUGCACAAAGAGAAGAUGAUCAGCGACGGAUGUCUGAGAUUACAGGGCACCUUAUAAAGAUGAGAUUGGGUGACCUGGACCGAGUCAAGUCAAAGGAAUCAAAAGAAUUUGCAGGCGGUAUUUAUUCCAGGCUCGAAGCACAAAUCAAGGCCACAGUGCCAGUCAGUGCACGGCAGGGAAGCUCAGAGAAAAACACGAGGUCGAAAAGCCGUUUUGGUCCAGGGCGUCCUGCAUAAAGCACCUUAACAUGUAGCUACAGAGGCAGCAGACACACCUCCGGACAUCCGAAAUUGCUCACCUCUUGAAGAUCUUCAGAACGAUGACUUCUAAAUGUUUUAAGUUAUUUAUUAAUUAUUCUUGCAAAAGAAUAUUUAUUCUCAUAAAUCAGAAU